AUGUAUUUCCUUUUCUUUGUGACAGGUAUUGAAGUCGGUGCAAAGCCAAUCCUAAAUAUUAAGGGCUAUCUGAUUGGUAAUGGGAUGACAGAUAAAAUAUUUGACAAUGCACAGGUGCCCUUUGCACAUGGAAUGGCCAUCAUACCAAAUGAAAUAUACGAGGCAACCAAGGGGGCUUGCAAUGGUAAUUUUUCAUCCCCAAAUUCUUCAUGUCAAUCCAAAAUACGCUCAAUAUUUGAGCAAUUUCUUUCUCAUCUCAAUGAAGCUAAUAUCCUCAACCCAUCUUGUUACGCCAUUUCCAUGAAGCAAGAAAAUGUAAGUGGUCAGAAAAAACCAGCGAAGAGAUACGAGAAGUUGGAAGUACUAGAUCAACUUGAAGAAGGAAGGAGAAGAAUGUUUUCCCAAGUUUGGUCCACAAGGUUUGCAGCUCAAGAUGGAUCUCUCCAAAUUCCCCUUCAACUUGGUUAUGAUGACAAGCCUUGCCCUCCUCUGGACAAAUAUAACCUUUCAGAUAUCUGGGCAAAAAGUCCUUUCGUCAGAAAAACAAUUCAUGCCCUACCGGAAAACAUAACAGGGGUAUGGAAAAGAUGCACGCCUCGUUUUAUAUAUAAAACUAAUGUCUUAAGUGUGAUUAAAUAUCACAAAAAUUUGACCAUGAGAGGUUAUCGUGCUUUGAUCUAUAGUGGCGAUCAUGAUAUGAUUGUACCAUACAUUGGAACUGAGGCAUGGAUGAGAUCAUUAGGGUAUUCAAUGAUUGUGGAAUGGAGGACAUGGUGUGUAGAUGGACAAGUUGGUGGAUACACACGAACAUAUGAUCACAACCUAACAUUUGCAACUAUGAAGGGAGCUGGACAUACAGCACCAGAAUACAAGCCUAGAGAAGCAUUUUCAAUGUUCAAAUCAUGGAUUUCUGGAAAGCCUUUCUGUACAUUCAGUUAAGAUAUUAUUAUUGUCUUAUUUAAAAAUUCUUCAUUUGAAGUAUAUUUAUGAAAACAAUGAGCUCUAACCUCCUUCCUCAAAAUGUGGAACUGUGGAACUUUGGAAAGCUUUUGUGAACAUUCAAUUAAGAUAUUAUUAUGGUCUUACUCUUC